AUGAUCGCGUAUCCCUGGAAAAAGGACCCAAGAUUGUUACCUGAUAACAGACAGCAAGCUUUGAAGCGACUCGAAUCAACAGAACGCCGUCUUGCAACAAACCCAGACCAAGCCAAAGCCUACCAGGAACAGAUGGUUCAAAUGGAAGAGAUGAAAUUCUCGCGAAAGCUAUCCACGGAAGAAAUGGAAAAGUACGAACGUCCUGUGCAUUAUAUAUCACACCAUGCUGUUAUACGACCGGAGAAAAAAAGCACGCCAGUCAGAAUUGUUUUUAAUUUGUCCGCAGUGUACAAAGGAAGCAGAUUGAAUGAUUAUUGGAGAAAAGGGCCUGACCUGCUUAAUGGCCUGUUCGGGGUGAUUCUGCGUUUUCGAGAGAAUGAAGUUGCGAUCAGUGGCGACAUAUCAAAGAUGUAUCAUCGCGUACGUAUUCCAGUUGAAGAUCAACACGUCCAUCGGUAUUUAUGGCGAGACCUCAAAGUAGAUCGAGAGCCAGACACCUAUGUGAAGACCGUAUUGAUGUUUGGGGAUAAACCGGCGCCAGCUAUGGCUCAGAUCGCACUCCAGAAAACAGCUGUAGAGAAUCAAGAGUUGUAUCCACAAGCGGCAAAAGCGAUCAAGGCCAACUCAUAUAUGGAUGACCUAUGUGAUUCACUCGAUACUAUACAGCAAGCUCGGAAACAAACUGAGGACAUCGACAAGAUUUUGAAAACUGGAGGGUUCUGCGUGAAGGAGUGGAUAUCGAAUAAGACACUGGAUGAAGAAACAAGCAAGAGAGAGAAGAAUCGAGAUUUCAAUUUGAAAGAAUCAUCUACUUUACAGAUAAUCAGAUUGUUUUGGCUUGGGUCCGUAGUCACGCUCGAAAUUACAAACCAUUCGUGUCGUCGAGAGUGGGAGAAAUACAGAGUAAUUCCGAUCCUGCUGAAUGUAGACACAUUAAUUGUUAACUUAACGUAG